UGUGUAUAUAAGCAUGCGUUAAAUGCUGCUUUUAUUAUACGAUCAAAUGUUUAUUAUAUGUCAACAUAAUGCAUUAAUAGUGUAUAUAAUAUUUUUAAAUUUGUUUCAAACAAAAAUAAAAAAAAAUGAAACAAUUUUAUUUUGUUAUUAGAGAUAAAAAUGGAUGUUAUUAAGAAAAAAAAAAUUAUACAAAAAAUCGAAAAGAAUACCAAUGAUAAUAGUGAACCAGAAAGUAGCAAUAAUGAAUUAAGAUCAAAUACAAAGUGGAAUAUUAAAGAUAAAAAAAUAUUAUUAGAAGCAUUACAAAAAUAUGGAUCUGAAAAUAUUGACGCUAUAUCAAAAAUGUUACCAAAUAUAUCUUUAGAAGAUAUUAAAUCGACAAUUUCUAAAUAUUCUGAAAUAGCAAAAAAUCUGUAUGAAGAUGAAUUAUUAAAUAAAUGGCUGAAAUGUGGAUUGUAUCAACCUGAGGACAGUCUCAUACCAGAAGCAUUAUUAUUUAUACAAUUAUUUGAAAAUCAUCCAUCACCUUCUGAAUUAGAAGGUUAUGAUAUCAGAUCAAUAUAUAAUUUUCUUUAUCGCUCAUGUUUUGGACAAUCAUCAUAUUUUGAUUUAUCACCAAAAGAUAGAGAUUUGUUAUGUUUUUUAAUAUCAAAAAUAGAACAAAAGGUAUGGCCAAAAUGUAAGACAGAUAUUUGGGAAUAUGUUGGCAAAGUUUAUAAUAAAAGAAAUAUAAAGAAAGUAUAUCCAGGAAAAAAAGGACAUUUAUUAUAA